GAAUUACUGAAACAGGUCACAUUUAGUCACUCUCCCGUUAGUUUCUGUCCAGCUCCAUUAAUUGAGGUUGGGCGAAAACUAACGGGAGAGUGACUAAAUGUGACAUGUUUCAGUAAUUCGAGUGACUACAUGUGACAUAUUUCAGUAAUUCGAGUGACCGGAGGCUACAGGAGAUGACCAAAUGUGACCUGUUUCAGUAAUUCGAAUGACCAAAAUUGUUAUUAAAUUUUUUCUAGUGACUAAAUAUGACACGAUUUAAUAAUCUCAAUGACUAAAUAUGGUAUUUACCCGUGUUAUAUGAUGCAACUUAAGGUCUGCUUACCAUACCGGUUAUGAUUUAUGAAGUUGAUUAGUUAAUAAAUUUCAAAAUUCAAAUAAUUAGCCGCAGUAUUAAGAAUAGUUGGACUUGGAGAGCUCAAUGAUGGAGCAAAGGCAAACGAAGAAUGCAGAAUGCAAAAGGAGAGAGAUGAGUAGAGUCGUUGGACUAGGAGAGAAAGGAAACAGUGCCCAGCGCUAUCUCUGUAUCAAACAAUAUUCGUAGCGUAGGCUCUGUUUACCUUCCCAGCGAUGGCGGACGGCGACGAAAUGGAACAACGUCGGCGGGUAAGUACCCACUAUUCGUCGGAUCAAGAAAUAAUGUUGGUCGGCGAAGGGGAUUUUUCUUUCACUGUGUCUUUGGGUCUCGCCUUCGGCUCCGCUUACAAUAUCGUCGCUACCUCUCUCGACACCUACGACGAGUUGAAGAAGAAAUACAAAACAGCAGGAUGGAACUUAGAAGUGCUGAGAAUGUUGGGAGCUCAGGUCUUCCAUGGAGUGGAUGCAACCAGAAUGAAGCUUCUCCCUGACUUGUGUAUGCGCAAGUUUGAUCGCAUCAUUUUCAACUUCCCCCACGCAGGGUUUCACGGAAAGGAAGACGAUCCCCGCCUGAUCAGAGAGCACGUGAAACUAGUGCAUGGGUUCUUCAGGAAUGCAUCAACCAUGCUACGACUUGAUGGAGAAGUACAUGUCACCCACAAAACUUCAAAACCGUAUUCUGACUGGAACAUCAUAGGCCUUGCUUCCAAGAGCCUUUUGAUCUUGCAUGAUCAAGUUGAUUUCGAGAUGAAAGAUUAUCCUCGUUACAACAACAAGAGAGGAGAUGGAAAGAGGUCCGACGAGCCAUUCCGGCUUGGAGAUUGCAGCACCUUCAAGUUCAGAUUGGAUCCCUCUCUUGCAACGCCGCAGCCAAGGUAUCAACAUUAUCAGGACGAAUUGACCAAGCUGCAGUAUCAUCAGCCAACUUCCACAGCUCAUGUUCUUAUGAGCAGUGUUGGAGGCCAUGAUGGUGGACUCUUUGACCCUCACUUGCCAGCAAAAGCUGGACGUCUUAUCGCUACAGAUUAUAUUGUUCCUGAAGCACCACGGUCACUACCGUGUUGGCCUUACUCUGGCGGAGGUACUCUUACUGGGGGUGGAGGAUCUCUGUUGGAUGUUGAAUAUCAACGGAAGAUGAAGUCAAGAUGGCGACUUAUGGUAUAUCUUCACGGCCAGGAGAGAGGAGGAUACUGAUCUGAAUUUUGGUUGUGUGAACCUUGAAUGUUGAUGAUCAGCAAUGGAGGGGUUGAAGUCACUCUGGUGCUUCUCUUAUGAGAGGCAGUUGCUGACCAGCUGAUCUGAUCAAUGUGAACCAUAUGGCAUCUCAAGAACUAUAUUCUCUUGUUGGUUUUGAUUUCUCCUCAUUUGUAUCUUUGCUUUCCUUAGUUUCUUCUCUAAAAUACAAGAAAGAAAAUAAC